CUUUUGGAGCACACAACAAAAACCUGGCUUAGGAUUAGUUCAUGAAUAUGUACACACGUAUAUAUGUAGGUAUGUACGUCGCGAGAACUAAAGCUCCAUAGUCGACGACGACCAGAGCCUUGAAAAAUUUGGUUGCAACAAAACUCUGAAGCAUUGGGACACUAGUCUAUAGAAUUUUAUAAAAUUUGACAUUAUUUUGGCAGAUCUUAAAACAAUGGACAAGAAUAAUUUUGAUAGCAAAGUCUAUUGCUGUUCAAACUCUGCGAGAACAGAAACCAAAACCUUGGGCAUCAUUGACGUGGUCUUGCACGUUAUUUCGCUCAUUCUCUGCAUAUGGAUAAGUGAUCUGGUUAAAAAUCACACAGAGUAUAUUCAAAAUAUUCUUCUAUCGACAAAUAGCACGUAUUGUGAUUACGAAGGAUUAUUUCAAAAGAUUGAACAACAUCCGGAUUUCAUAAUAGUUCCCCUAAUAAUUUACUCAAUCUGUGGAAUUACUUUAGGAGCACUAUUAUUCCAUGCUGCUCGAACUAGAAACCAACGAUUGUUGAAAUUGUGGUUCAUUGUUACAUUGAUUACUCUUCUCCUAAGUUUGUACGUUGCUAUCAUGAUGGUUAUCGAAGUGAAACACAAGAUCCCACUCCACAUACUCGUUCUCAUCAUGGGCUAUAUUUAUGCCUGGUAUGAACUUUGGAUUGUCGUAUGUCUCAUUCGAGAACUGCGGUCGUCAUCGGGGUCAAACAUGACCAUGUUAGUCGUCGCCGACCAUGUUGAACCAGUUGAUUCUGAUCCCCCAGCGGUUAUCGUGCUGAGUCCUAGCCCCACCCCUGUCACAGUCUACACUAUAGAAGGAGAGAGCCCAUCCAACAUAACGAAACAAAAGAAUUUAGAGUCAAAUACGUAAUACAAAAAAAAUCUUAAUUAAAGUCGUCCUAUUUGCAUACUAUAAUUCUACUAAUAGUACAAAUUAUAUAGUGUUGGAACAAAUGUGUAAUAAAUCUUGCUACCUUUCUUGA